CCUCUCUCUUUUGUGUAUUAUAUGUUCUCUCUAUCUAAAGUAUCGUUUAAUCAGCUAAAAGUUGUAAAGUUCUAUCAUAGCUCUGCAAAUAGGUGCAAGAAAGAUGUAAAGUCGUCUUCGACUUAUUCGUCUAGGUAUUUUCCUGGACUGAGCACUUGUGCGACAGUAGCUUAUGGAGGCAGAUACAGCCUUCAUGCUACUCCAAAAAAUGCUACAUUUUUGCAAGCAAGACAUUUUUCGAUUCAUGAAUAUAUAUCGCAUGACUUGAUGAGAAAGAAGGGAAUUAGUUUACCUCGUGGAGCGGUUGCUCGGUCGCCUAAGGAGGCCGUCGAAGUCGCGAAACAGCUCGGGGGUUCUGAUUGGGUUGUCAAGGCGCAGAUAUUGGCUGGUGGGAGAGGAAAGGGCGUGUUUCAAAAUGGGUUUCAAGGUGGUGUUCACAUAGCGGAUAGUCUUGAGGCAGUCGAAAGUAUCAGCAAAGAGAUGUUGGGUAGUAGGUUAAUUACGAAUCAGACGGGGGAUGGAGGACGCCCGGUCGAUGUCGUUUAUGUCACAGAAAGGGUGUACAUUCGCCGAGAGACGUAUUUUGCUAUUACUUUAGAUCGUUCGACUUGUUCUCCGGUGGUUAUGGUAUCAUCCAAAGGGGGUAUGGAUAUUGAAUCGUUGGCUAAGAAAUAUCCUAGUCAGAUAAAUCGCAUUCCAAUUUCUGUCGAAACAGGUAUCAGCAGCGAACAAUGUGAAACGAUUGCUAGAGCUUUGGGGUUCGAAAAAAAGUUGAAACAAGUCGCCAAACAGAUUAAUUUGUUAUACGACUUGUUCAUAAAAGAGGACAUGGUUUUAUUUGAGGUCAAUCCACUUGUAGAGACGUCAUCUGGAGACAUGAUGUGUUUGGAUGCCAAACUCAAUUUUGAUCCCAAUGCGGCGUUUCGUCACCCAGAAUGGGAAAAUCAAAAAGACUGGAGACAAGAAGAUCCUCGCGAACAAUUGGCCGAUAAGUACGGUUUAAAUUACAUUGGACUAAAUGGGUCUAUUGCAUGCCUUGUCAAUGGUGCUGGAUUGGCUAUGGCAACGAUGGACAUCAUCAAGUUGUACGGAGGAGACCCGGCAAACUUUUUGGAUGUGGGCGGAGGUGCUUCAGUGAAACAGAUUUCGGAAGCUUUUAAGCUUUUGAACUCCGACCCGAAAGUGACCACAAUUUUGGUUAACAUCUUUGGUGGAAUUUUGCGCUGCGAUCAUAUCGCUAUUGGGAUCAUCCAGUCUAUGAAAGAGAUUAAAUUAGAAAAACCUGUCAUUCUUCGUCUUCAGGGGACCAAUGCUAGAAAAGCCAAAGAGAUUCUGAAUACGAGCGAUCUUCGUAUUAUCGCUACGGAAGAUUUGGAUCAAGCCGCGUCCAGAGCCGUUAAAAUUUCGAAGAUAAAGCAAAUAGCAGACGAGGCCUCUCUGAACGUCACAUUCGAGCUUCCCAUUUAAUAAAUUAGAUGAUAUAGAAUGAAGUUUCAAACUAUGUCAAUUAUACCACAACAAAA